CUUCCUGCUCCUGCAGAGACGCUGCAGCCGACCGACCGCCCGACAUGCCGCUGCCCCACCGCGCCGCCUGGAUCCUCCUCCUCUGCCUUCGCUCUGGAUCCGGCGCUCGGACCUCCUUCUACGGAGCCGUGGGAUCAAACGUCACCGCCGUCUGUAAGUUCAGCCGGCCUGGAUCCUGGAGGAUCUUCUGCAGGACCAGCUGCUCCGGGGGGAACAUCCUCAUCGAGACGCAGCGGGACCGCGCUCGGUCUGGACGGUACAGCCUCGGCUACGAGAGGACGGGACUGCUGUUUCAGGAGUCGGUCCUGUCCGUGGGCGUCUCGGGGUUGUCCAGGUCCGACUCGGGACGGUACGUCUGCGGACUGACCAGCGGGGGAGCGUACCGCCUCACAGAGUUCCACAUCCUCGCCGUGGACGCCGUGCUGGAGGUGAACUCCCAGCAGAAGGUGUUUGUCGAAGCGGGGCGUUCUCUGACGGUCGCCUGCUCCUUCCAGACCUCUGGAAAUCCAAAGUACUUGAGCUGGAAGCCUUUUUCCAGAGAGCAGGUCCUGGUCCAGACGGAGCUCAGCAGGACUCAGGAGGGCAGAUUCAGCCUCACACACGAAGAGCACACCGGAAACGGGGAGGUUGUGUGUGUGAGCAUCGAACAGCUGGCCCCGCCCGACUCCGGCUGGUACAGAUGUGGAAUGAAGCGCCAGUUCAUCGACUUCCAGGUCGUCGUCACAGACGCGUCCGCAGGACCGACGACCGAGUCCAGAAGUCCACCGACGGUCCCUGAACUCACCGCCGAGUCUGGAGCGAGUCAGGACCAUCGACCAGACGUUCUGCUCUCCGUCGGUCCGGUUCUCACCGCCGUGGUCGUUCUGCUGGGUGUGGCGCUGCUCAUCUUCUGCAGGAAACGGGCUUCAAAACACAAAGACCGUUUGGAGGGACGGGACGUUUCAGUGACGGAGAGUCCCCGGCUGUACGAGGACGUGGCGGACGGAGGUCCUCGGGUGGGGACUCUCUCACUCACGCCGCGGACGGGCGACGGCGAGGACGGCUACAGCGUGGUCACGGCGCCCGGGCUCCCGCUCAGAGUUGAGGACGACUCCGGGGGGCUCGUCUACUCCGAGGUGGUCUUCCGUCAGAUGGACCGUCCGCACGGCGCCUCCUACAGGGCCCCUGCGGACGUGGUUUACUCCACGGCUCGGGCGGCUCGGGGGUCUGGAGACAGACCGCUGUACUCCACCGUCUCUCCGCUCGGCACUCUGGAGGACGUCCACUGACCCCGAACCGUCCCGGUCCUUCAUCUUUCACUGUUUCAGUAGUCUGACCACAAACAUGAUGCAGUCUGCAGACCCUGGACCUCCCAGACCCUGGACCUCCUCUGACUCUGGACCUCCUCUGACUCUGGACCUCCCAGACCCUGGACCUCCUCUGACUCUGGACCUCCCAGACCCUGGACCUCCCAGACCCUGGACCUCCCAGACCCUGGACCUCCUCAGACCCUGGACCUCCUCUGACUCUGGACCUCCCAGACCCUGGACCUCCUCUGACCCUGGACCUCCCAGACCCUGGACCUC